AUGAUUUCCAAUUAUCAAAAUGAUGGUUAUAUGGGUUUUUUGUAUGGAGCAGCUGUAAUGGUAGCAAGAAUUGCAGCAUCAUUUGCACCUGUUUGGGUAGACUUAAUUGGUUGCAAAGUUAUAUUUUCUUUGUCAUAUAUUUCGUCAUUUUUUUUUAGAGAAGCUUUGGCAUUUUUUUUAUUGUGGCGUUUGAGACAAAUUGGAAACAAUCAAAUUGAUAAAUGGGCAAGCAUUAUCUUAUUUUCAGGAAGAACAAUAGCUCACAUCAUAGCAUUUGGUUUUGUCAGAAUAUUAAUAUAUCCAACCCCACUUCGAGUUUGGUGUACGAAUGAUUUUACCCUCCUAUUUAAACCAGAAACAGCCUCAAUAUGCGUAGACUUUUCAAUUGAUUUGUAUGUUUCAUUUAGAUUAAUACAAAUCCUUCGCAGUGCCAACAAUAAUCUAAUAGGUCUUGAUGCAAGUAUGAAAGGAAGUACAAAACGCACUUUAUUUACUGGAGUUAUGUACUGGAAUUUUGCUCGUUUGGGGGUAGCUUUUCUACUAAAUCUAAGUGCAUUUGUGAAUAUUCUUGUCGCCCUCAAACCUACUACUCUUGAUAUGAUAGCCGCCAGAAUCUUUUUUAAUACAUUAGCCUUUGUUUUAAUGUCUUAUGUUGUGACUGUUGAUGCCGAAAUUGUUAAAGUAAUCAAAGGUGGUAACCAAAAUAAAAAAGGAUCAGGUAGACCUAAAAAUAAGGAAAAAAGUUACUCCGCGAAUGCAACUAAGAAAAGUGCCGAUUCAGUAUUACUUCCAAAACAUGAUACUCUUAUUUCACAUAAAAACGUUCAAACUUAUGAUAUAUCCUUUAAAAGAAUGACAUUCUUUGAAUGGUCUAAUAUUGUUAUGGGUUUUGGACAUGAAAAAAAUCGUAUACAAGAAUCUGACAAAGAAUUUGAAGAAAUUAUUGAAGGACCUUUGGAAGAUAUCAAUCAUGAUCUCGAAAAAGAUGAAUUUAACAUUGAUAUAAAUCGCAGCAGCAAUAUUAGUGAAGGAUCAACAAUAGUUAUCCCAGGUUCUGGAACAAUUGAUGUUUAA